AUGGACGCCUUUAAUCCCAUCUCUGAGGCUCAGCGGCUCCAGGAGGAGCAGGAGAUACUUGAGCGUGACAGGAAGCGGCAGCAGGAGAAAGAGGAACGUGAGCGACGUGCGGCACAAGAAAAAGAGGCGGAGGAGCGGAGGAAGCGAGAGGAGAUGGAACGCCUUAUUGAGGCGGAGAAGAGACGUAUAAAACAGGAGGAGGAAUGGCGCAAACUUGGGACGGAUAUCAUUCAGAACCUUCCUCCCGUACCACCCUCCGUUGUUAGCGAGGGUCUGGUACAAGCAUGGUACCUUGACGACGAAACCUCAAAGCCAACGCUUCGAACUGCGAGCUUAAAAAAAGGGAAGAAACGCGACACUCCGCCCGUGACGCUGCAGCAACUGAAGGAUCUCGGCGUCAUUUACUAUGAUAUAAACUUGAACGACUUUUCCAUUGUCAGGCAGUUGGUGAAGGAACGCCUUUAUAAGCAUACGGAUGAGGUGCAUAUUUCACAGACAUGUAAAGAUGAGUCUUUUUUGGAGCGUUGGUUCCAAGAGCACUUCAACGAGGAUGAGCAAAUUCGCAUUGUGAUUGACGGCUCCUGUUACUUUGAUGUGCGCUCCAAGCAGGAUAAGUGGAUUCGUAUUUAUGCAAAAGCGGGAGAUUUGUUUAUUUUUGCACCAGGUCUUUAUCAUCGUGGAACCCUGGAUGAGGAUGACUACGUUGCACUCUACCGUCUUUUUCGCGAUUCUCCACGUUUUGCCCCCUUUUUCCGCUCCGACGCACGGGCCGAGUCGCAGAAGGUACGUCUGAAUUAUUUAAUGUCACUAAAGAAGGGAAAUGUUGCGGCAGAGAUUGGGUUUCGCUGA